AUGGGGAACACCUUGUCGUGCUGCGUGUCGCCCGGUACAAGCCCCACGCUUUCGGGCCGCAGCGGGCUUCGCGGUCAGGAGCUGCGGCACCAGGAGCGGACUGACGCCUAUCGGGUGGAGGCGGAGCUCAGGGAAGCCGAAUCGAGCCCCGGAACCAACCUGCAGCACAUCAGCGACAGGGAAGCGCCGGAGGACAUGAACUUUGAGUCCAACCCUUCUGACCACCCAAGGGCCAGCACAAUUUUCCUGAGCAAAUCGCAGCCAGAUGUCAGAGAGAAGAGGAAGAGUAACCACAUAAACCAUGUAUCUCCUGGUCAACUCAGUAAAAAAUACAGCUCGUGUUCAACGAUAUUUAUUGAUGACAGCACUGUAAGCCAACCAAACCUGAAAAGCACAAUUAAAUGCGUUACCCUGGCAAUUUAUUAUCACACAAAGAACAGAGACUCUGACAGAUCAAUAGAUAUUUUUGAUGAGAAAAUGCAUCCACUGACAAAAGAAGAAGUGCCAGUAGAUUAUUAUAAACGUGAUCCAGAACACAAACAUAUAUACCGGUUCAUACGGACUCUCUUCAGUGCUGCCCAAUUGACUGCAGAAUGUGCAAUAGUGACGCUGGUAUACCUAGAGAGGUUGCUAACGUAUGCUGAGAUAGAUAUUUGCCCCAGUAACUGGAAACGGAUCGUAUUGGGUGCAAUACUGCUUGCUUCCAAGGUAUGGGAUGAUCAGGCAGUCUGGAAUGUGGACUACUGUCAGAUCCUGAAAGACAUGACUGUUGAAGAUAUGAAUGAGAUGGAGAGACAGUUCCUAGAGUUGCUACAGUUUAAUAUUAAUGUUCCUGCUAGUGUUUACGCCAAAUAUUACUUUGAUCUGCGCUCUCUGGCAGAUGAUAACAAUAUGAACUUCCCCUUGGAACCACUCAGCAAAGAGCGAGCACAGAAACUGGAGGCAAUCUCCAGGUUGUGCGAGGACAAAUAUAAGGACAUGGGCAAAGCUGUUAUAAGACGAACACUCAGUGCUGACAAUUUGAUAGGAAUGAAUCGUUCUAAUGCUAUCCUGUCGUAGGCCAGAUACUUUUCCAUCAGCGCGUAAUGUACCAGCAAAGACAGUGUCUUCCAAUUGGGCAACUGAAUCCUCCUGCAACUAAAAUCAAGUUGCAGCUCCUGGCCUUUAAAGAGCACACUUCAGAGAUGAACGAUUGCUGCCUCACUGCAAAACCCUUCUCAGAGAAGAAGGGAAAAAAAUGUUUUGACACCACACUGACACAGAUGUAUGACCUGCAGUGUGGCGAAUUUUAUGCUUACUGUGUAGGCCUGUAACUGAGGAGUACCUCAAGCUUUUAUUUUGUGCUAAUUUUAAGAAAUAACACCCAAAACAAAUGAGAAUCAUGUAACGUGAACUCUACAGGUAGGUUAAAACAACAAUAGCUCUCACGAAAGUAAACAGGGUCAGAAUAGGGGAAAACUACUGACUCUGUAAGGUGCAAAAAUCUCUGUUAAGCAUAGGAUGGACUUAAACAGGGUGUAGUCAUAGCCAAUUCUGUGGUGAAUGCUUAAAAACUGUAUUUUUCCCUUCCCCAUCCUACGCUCCCCACCCAUCAAUUUGUCUUUCCCUGUGCUGUUUGGAGGGUAUUGACAUUAUUUCCUACCAGGUUGGGGAAACUACAAAAACUUACAUUUUUCUAAAGCCUUUCACAGUAAAACAUGCCACGGCAUUAUUCAGCUAUAUUUGGCACUGAGCCACAUAUGAGCAGUGAUCAGAAGCCUCCAAGGAAAGUUUUAAAGAGAGUCUUGGAGAGAGAGAGAGAGAGAGGUGGAGUCAUUAAAGGGAGGACAUCCCUCCCUUAAGAGUCUGGAGGACUUAAAUAUCUCUUAUCCCUAUCCUGCCCAACUACCUAACGCUUGCCACUUUUUAAUUGGUGUCCAAAUUCAAAAACUGGAGAAACAAAGAUGCAAAAACCACUCGGCAGGCCAGUCAGUAAGCAACCAAAGUUAACAUUUCCAGCCGGUGACCUAUUAUUCAUGUGAAUGUUGGUUCAGACAGUCUUACCUCAAACACAGGGUUCUUGUGUUAUAAUCAACCUGAAAUAAAACUAUGAUGCCCUGUUGGAAUAGAGUUCCCAAAGAAGUGACAGGAUUUGAAGACACUGUUUUCAGCCCAUGCACAACUUAUUCAGCUGCUGAAAGCACCAAUUUCCCGGUUCAGUGCCCUUCCUCUGUUUAUGGGUAGUACAUGUCACCAAUUGCAAUCCAAUUAAGACCCUGCAACAUUCUCUGGGGAGAUGCAACCGUACACACUGGCAAAUUGCAGAGAGAUUUUCAGCAUAGGAACUUUAAACCUUUCUGAUCUAUGCUGGCAUUAAUUCCCACACAAGAUCCUUCCAUCUUGCUCAUCAUUUCAAAAGAUACCAUGCUUCCUCUUAAAUAAAUUAGUGCUAUUGACUUCAAUCAUUUAAUACAGUGGAACGUUCUAAAUUCUCUCAAUUCUGUAGCCUUGUUUUGGAUAAGUGAAAUCAUCCCUGCACCAAAUCUGUACCUGAUAUUAAUGCUAUACAUAACUUUUAUUUUGGCGGAGCAACAUCAUUAUUACAGUUUACUAAUGAAACAAUGUUUCACGCAGCUAAAUAGUCACUUUAUCCAGUACAAUCCCGUCACUUGCAAUAAGUAAACUGUUAAACUCACUGUAACCUGUCGGUGUUUAACUGAGUUUUGAACUCAGCAUAUUUUAUCAAAACAAACUUAAUUUGGUUUUAUUUUCAGUUCCAUUGUACAAUUCACAGUAUCUUGAAGUAGUAAAAUUGGAAACGUGGAAUAUUUGCCUGGGUAAUAAUAAUAAUAAUAAUAAAUUUUAUUUAUGGGUG